GUCCCGGGCCGCGGAGGCCGGGACAAGAAGAAGGGCCGGAACCCGGAGGAGCCGCCCGCCGCGGGGGGCGGGGGCGACGGCAGCAAGUCCAAGAAAUUCACACUGAAGCGGCUCAUGGCAGACGAGCUGGAGCGGUUCACAAGCAUCAGGAUGAAGAAGGAGAAGGAAAAGCCCAACGCGGCCCAUCGCAAUUCCUCCGCCUACUACGGAGAGGACCCUGCCGCCCAGUCCCUGCAGGACGUAUCCGACGAGCAGGUGCUAGGCCUCUUUGAACAGAUGCUGGUGGAUAUGAACCUCAACGAAGAGAAGCAGCAACCUCUGAGGGAGAAGGACAUCAUCAUCAAGAGGGAAAUGGUGUCCCAGUACCUGCACACCUCUAAGGCGGGCAUGAACCAGAAGGAGAGUUCCAAGUCCGCCAUCAUGUACAUCCAGGAACUCAAGUCCGGCUUGCGGGACGGGCACCUGCUCGGCUGCCUGGAAUCCCUGCGCGUGUCCCUCAACAACAACCCCGUCAGCUGGGUGCAGUCGUUUGGCUCGGAAGGCCUCGCCCUGCUGCUGGAUAUCCUGAAACGGCUCCACGAUGAGAGAGAGGAGAUCUCCGGGAGCUACGACAGCCGCAACAAGCAUGAGAUCAUUCGCUGCUUGAAGGCCUUCAUGAACAAUACGUACGGGAUCAAGACCAUGCUGGAAAAUAACGAAGGGAUCCUGCUGCUGGUCCGGGCCAUGGACCCGGCCGUCCCCAAUAUGAUGAUAGACGCCGCUAAACUGCUGUCGGCCCUGUGCAUCCUGCCCGAGCCUGAGGACAUGAACGAGCGGGUCCUGGGGGCCCUGACCGAUCGGGCCGAGAUGGAUGACAUGGAGAGGUUCCAGCCCCUCCUGGAAGGACUGAAGAGCGGCACGUCCAUUGCGCUCAAGGUGGGCUGCCUGCAGCUGAUCAACGCCCUCAUCGCUCAAGCAGAAGAACUGGACUUCCGGGUCCACAUCCGCAGUGAGCUGAUGCGGUUGGGGCUGCAGGACGUCCUCAAGGACCUGCGGCUCAUGGAGAACGAAGACAUGAAAGUGCAGCUCAAUGCGUUCGACGAGAUCGGGGAGGAGGAUUCGUACGAUUUGAAGGGCCGCCUGGAAGACAUCCGAAUGGAGAUGGAUGAUUUCGGUGAAGUCUUCCAGAUCCUCCUGAACACCGUGAAGGAUUCCAAGGCUGAGCCCCUCUUCCUCUCCAUCCUGCAACACCUGCUGCUGGUCCGCAACGACUACGAGGCCAGGCCCCAGUACUAUAAGCUGAUUGACGAAUGCGUGUCCCAGAUCGUCCUGCACAAGAACGGAGCCGAUCCCGACUUCAAGUGCCGGCACCUCCAGAUGGACAUCGAGAGUCUCAUAGAUCAAAUGAUCGAUAAGACCAAGGUGGAGAGAAUGGAAGCCAAAGCUGUGGAGCUGGAGAAGAAGCUGGACUCAGAGCUGACGGCCCGGCAUGAGCUCCAGGUGGAAAUGAAAAAGAUGGAGAGCGACUUUGAACAGAAGCUCCAGGACCUGCAGGGGGAGAAGGAAACCUCAGAUGCCGAGAAGCUGCAAGUCACCAGUGAGAAACAGGGCCUGGAGGCCGAGGUGUUGCAGCUGACCGGGGAGGUCGCCAAGCUGUCAAAGGAGUUGGAAGAUGCCAAGAGGGAGAUGGAGUCUCUCGCCGCUAAAAUAUCCGCUGUACCUCCUCCGCCUCCCGAGGUCGACAUCCCCCCGCCUCCUCCCGCUCCCCCCCUGCCUGGGGGCGUCGCCGUCCCCCCACCUCCUCCCCCCCCUCCCCCCCUGCCUGGGGGCGUCGCCGUCCCCCCACCUCCUCCCCCCCCUCCCCCCUUGCCUGGGGGCGUCGCCGUCCCCCCACCUCCUCCCCCCCCUCCCCCCUUGCCUGGGGGCGUCGCCGUCCCCCCACCUCCUCCCCCUCCCCCCUUGCCUGGGGGAAUCACCGUCCCCCCACCUCCUCCCCCUCUUCCCGGAGGUGUUGGCCUUCCUCCCCCUCCCCUACCUGGAGGUGUUGGCCUUCCUCCCCCUCCCCCUCCCCUACCUGGAGGUGUUGGCUGUCCCCCACCCCCUCCACCCCUGCCCGGAGGUGCUGGCAUCCCUCCACCCCCUCCAUUCCCUGGAGGUCCUGGCAUCCCUCCACCCCCUCCAUUCCCUGGGGGUCCUGGCAUCCCUCCACCUCCCCCUGGAAUGGGGCCUCCGCCUCCCCUCCCCCCUGGCUUUGGGGGAGUUCCUGCAGUUCCGGUUCUGCCAUAUGGACUGGCUCCCAAGAAGCUCUACAAGCCAGAGGUGCAGUUGCGGAGGCCAAACUGGUCCAAGUUUGCCGCCGAAGACCUCUCUCAAGACUGCUUCUGGACCAAGGCGAAGGAAGAUCGCUUCGAGAACAACGAACUCUUUGCCAAGUUGACGCUCACCUUCUCCGCGCAGACCAAGACUUCCAAGGCCAAGAAGGAUCAGGAGGGCGGAGAGGAGAAGGCCGUGCAGAAGAAAAAAGUCAAGGAGCUGAAGGUGUUGGAUUCCAAGACAGCUCAGAACCUCUCGAUCUUCCUGGGUUCCUUCCGCAUGGCCUACCAGGAUAAGAACGUGAUCCUGGGAAGUUUAAACGAGGCCGUCCUGACCGAGUCGAUGGUGCAGAACCUGAUCAAGCAGAUGCCGGAGCCCGAGCAGCUGAAGAUGCUGGCGGAGCUGAAGGACGAGUACGACGACCUGGCGGAGUCGGAACAGUUCGGCGUCGUGAUGGGCACGGUGCCCCGCCUGCGGCCCCGCCUCAACGCCAUCCUCUUCAAGCUGCAGUUCGGCGAGCAGGUGGAGAACGUGAAGCCCGAGAUCGUGUCGGUGACGGCGGCCUGCGAGGAAGUGCGCAAGAGUCAGAACUUCUCCAGCCUCCUGGAGCUCACCCUGCUCGUCGGCAACUACAUGAACGCCGGCUCCCGGAACGCCGGCGCCUUCGGCUUCAACAUCAGCUUCCUCUGCAAGCUGCGGGACACCAAGUCCACCGAUCAGAAGAUGACAUUGCUGCAUUUCCUGGUGGAGCUGUGCGAAUCGCAACACCCCGAAGUGCUCGAGUUCCCCAACGAGCUGACCCACGUGGAGAAGGCCAGCCGAGUGUCCGCCGAGAAUUUACAGAAGAACCUGGACCUGAUGAGGAAGCAGAUUUCAGACGUGGAACGCGACAUUGAGAACUUCCCAGCUGCUACCGAUGAGAAGGAUAAGUUUGUGGAGAAGAUGACCGGCUUUGUGAAGGACGCCAAGGAGCAGUACGAGAAGCUGCGGCUGAUGCACUACAACAUGGAGACCCUGUUCAAGGAGCUGGGGGACUACUUCCUCUUCGACCCCAAGAAGAUGACCGUGGAAGAGUUCUUCAUGGACCUGCACAACUUCAAGAACAUGUUUCUGCAAGCCCUCAAGGAGAACCAGAAGCGGCGGGAGACGGAGGAGAAGAUGCGCAGGGCGAAGCUGGCCAAGGAGAAGGCGGAGAAGGAGCGUCUGGAGAAGCAGCAGAAGAGAGCGCAGCUCAUCGACAUGAAUGCAGAGGGCGAAGAGACGGGGGUCAUGGACAGCCUCCUGGAGGCCCUGCAGUCUGGAGCGGCAUUCCGACGGAAGAGGGCACCGCGCCAGGCCAACAGGAAAGCUGGCUGCGCCGUGACUGCCGUCCUGGCCUCAGAGCUGACCCAGGACAGCACCCGGCUGCCCCCGAAAGUGCCCAGGAGUGGCGACGGGCCCCACGGCGGCCUCCGCGACGAAGCCCAGGAACUGGUGGGCUGCGCGAGCUAGGCCCGGGCCCGGCCGCCCAGAGAGCCGAGCCUCAGGGAGGAGCUGGCGGGCGCCGGGGAGGGGGCGGCCCGCUUCCCCGGCGGGCCCCUCCACACGGCGUACGUACCGCUUCGGCAGCG